AUGCAAUGGCUUGCCUUCGAGCCAGAGCAUGCGCUCAUUUUUGCGCGCCCACAGGGACGACGCGGACCAGGAGGACCACCACCUGGUGAAGGAGGACCGCCGGGCGAAGGACCUCCUACUGAAGAGUAUUCUGACACCCAGCAACCCCUCACCGACUCCCCUCCCUUUGUACCCCAAGAAAAGGCCGGCUACCUGCACACCUACCGACCUCGCCACGACCUGCACCUGCUCUACAUCGAUGGACUGUCGGCGGGAAAGACCUCCAACGGAACCCUAGACACGCAGGACCUCCUUCUCCUCAACCUGUCCUCCUCUGACCCCCGCGGGCCCAUGGGCGGCGAGAUGGCGCGCGCUCAAGGUCUUUGUGAGCUUGCGAACACUAUCUGGCAAGGCAAGAUCGACGGCGUGAUCAGACUGGAGGGCGGAUUCGAAAUCAUCCUUUGCGAUUUCAAAGCACACUUGGAACGCACCGAUGUCAUAAGUGUCAAUCCCAGUGAGCAAGGAAGGGGCCCAAUGGGCGGGUGGGAAUACACAAAGGCUGUUGCGAGUCGGUAUCACGGCAUCGGCGGGGGACGGGUGCGCGUUGACUACGGGGCGUUCGUUAGCGUGUACGCAUAUCCCGAUGUCAAAGGCGUGUGGGAGAACGAUGUGCAGUCCGAUGUGCGUAUGCCGCGGCUCACAAACGUCUCACCCUCAGAUCUGGCGCACGUCAAGGACGACGUUACCUCACUCAUACUCAGUAAGGACUGGAACGCGCAUCCGGGACGCGACUGGCAGGCUGUUGCCGACAUGGCAGUCGCCCGCUACUCCGCGCCGCUACACCACAUCACCACCAUACGCACGUUCCGCAAGGACAAGGAACAAUUGGCGCAGUAUCUCACAGCUUUGUUAAGCCCCUUCAUAUCCGGCGAGAGGAACACGACGCGCGAAACAGAGCGCUGCGUCGCACAAAUCGUCCCCUCUCUCCCCUUACUCAGCAUCCCGCCGGGCUCCGUCCCUCCUCUCGCACAUCGCGCCUUACACAAAGUCGGGACGCGGAUCUGUGACACGCUGCUCACCUCUCUAAGCAUCGCAGCCAGCCCGGCGCCGCAUUCCGCUUACUCUGCCGUGUACGCCGAGCACGCGAUUGAAGUUGUUGCUGAGCUGGUGGAGUGGCUGGGCUGGACGAGCUGGAAGGAGUGUGGAGCUUGUGGCGAUGAGGAGGUGUGCUUCAUCCCGAUAUGGCCGACAGGCACGUUUGAAGAUCACGCUAAGCCGAGGUGUAGAGGUGCGGAUGAGGUCGAGGGGCGUAUGGGGUACUGGGGAGUAAGGGGCGGUGGACCGCCUGGAGGGAAGCCGCCAGGUGGACUGAAGAAGAGUUUGAAGUGGUGGGGUAUGUGA